AUGUCAGACGAAGUGAUAUACAGAAUUAUUCGCGUGAUUGAGGAGUUAAUUGCCGUUAAAAGAAAAAAUGAAAAAAAAAAUAGAAUAUGGGUAAAGAAUUGGAUUCUUAGUAGACGAAGUUUAGGGGCCUUCAAUUGUCUCUUAAGAGAACUGUCCACAGAAGACACUAAAAGCUACAAUAAUUUUCUUAGAAUGGACGAAGAUAUGUUCGAUUUUUUACUCAACAAGGUAUCUUGUAAAAUUCAAAAACGCAAUACUGUUUAUACAGUACAAUACAAAGCAUUACCAGCUAAAGUCAAAUUAGAAGUUGCAUUAAGGUAUCUAGCAACUGGUGAUUCAUUACAAUCUAUGGAAUACCUGUAUAGAGUGUCGAAAUCAGCUAUAAGCAUGUUUCUACCAGAAGUUUUUGACGCAAUAUAUGAAGGAUUGAAAGAAUAUAACCAGGUCCCUAAAACAGUACAUGAAUGGAAUGAAAUUAUUUCUGGUUUUGAUUCAACUUGGAAUUUUCCAGCAUUUGGUGCUAUUGAUGGAAAGCAUAUCAUAAUAGACUGUCCAGCACACAGCGGAUCAAAUUAUUUUAACUACAAAGGGACUUUUAGCAUAGUUCUUUUAGCACUUGUAGACCAUAAUUACAAUUUCACAUGCAUAGAUGUAGGAAGCUAUGGCAGUAACUCAGAUGGAGGUAUAUUUGCAAAAUCAAGUUUACGAAAAGCAAUUGAAGAAAAUAAAUUGAACAUUCCAGAAGGAGCUGUUAUGCUUGGCGAUGAAGCUUUUCCACUAAAGAUAUAUUUAAUGAAACCCUAUGCUAGAAGAAACCAAUUAUCAAAACGAGAGAAAAUUUAUAACUACAGACAUUGUAGAGCAAGGCGCAUUGUCGAAAAUGGGUUUGGAAUAAUGGCUAGCCGUUUUCGGAUUUUUAGAAAACCAAUACCACUUUUAUCAGAAUCUGUUAUAAAAUUAGUUAAAGCUUCAUGUGCAUUGCACAAUUGGUUGAGAAAAAAAUGUGGUAAGAGUAACUCAAUAUCGGUAGAUAUUGAAGAUCAUGAGACAGGCCGUAUCUUAUCUGGAUCAUGGAGAAAUGAACYAGGACCUUGUGGACUUGUCAAUAUAGCAACAUCAACUCAGACAAAAUAA